GUCUCAAGAGGGUCAACAAAUCUGAAAAUGGAAGCGUUCACGCCAAGGCCGUACGAGGACUUCGAUGACGUUGAAGCGAGUUGUUCGCUGUUUCCCGAUGAAUCGGCGGAUGAUAAGUUGGCCGACUGGAAUUUGACGAUAAAAGCGGAGCUUGCGUGUACGCCGCCGUGGGACCCGCUGCCUCUGCUGCGUUCGGUGUUCAGGUUUUAUUCUGAUUUGGGUGAUGUGCAAACAUGUGUUGCACUGCUACUGGUACUGGGCGAGAAGUCGAAGGAACUGGUUGAUCUCGGCACGCAACGGCUGUGGUUCCUCGAUUAUAUCGAAAUGCUGGAGUGUUACGAGUUGUGGAAUGCGGCUGCAGAAGUGAUCAAAAUGUGUUGGAUUACAUCGGUCAGCAAUAAAAGUAACGAGGUAACAUGCUUCCGAUAUAUCUAG